AAGCACAUAUUAUUAGUAAAGAUACUGUUGGAGCGGCGGCUCUUCUCUCAGCCGCUAGGUUUGUGUGGUUGGGCAGCCCCAGCAGUCUCCACUCGAGCUCAGUCAGCGACCUUUCAGUGCGCUGACUGGAGCCACAGAUUCAGCUUUCCUUUUUUUUUUUUUUUUUUUUUUUCACUUCAAUGGAGGAGCAGUCCAAUGUGCAGGAGCUGCACUGCCACUAUGGAGAAGAGAAAAUCCACGGCCGCCCCAAAAAAACCCUGAAACAUGAACAAAACCAUUGCCAGUACCAGCGCCAGGAAACGCACACGAAGAAAACAGGAAAUGGAAAACUAAACUGUAGCACUGGAGAGAGAGACAAGGUUGUUAAACUUCAGGACUCCAGCAGCCUGCUCUCCUCUGGCGUAGGAAAUGGUAACGCACAUCGCCUCGACACUACCUUGAAACCCAAACAGACCGCUCCAGCAGUCCGGGUCAGCUCCCUGCUCCUCAAAGUGGGAAGCAAAGCCAACUGCAAUCAUAAAAACAGUAUGGAUAGAAAGAAUGACAAGCCCUCUGAGAGCAAGCCUCGGGGGGGCAAAGCCAUGGACAAGAUAGAGGCGGUGUCCCUUCUGAACGGAGUGGUGGCUCUCAAUUCCGGUUGCAUUACAAACGGUUACCCCGGCAAGCCUGCCGCGGACAACGAUGGCAGCGGAUCGGAGACCGGCUACACCACGCCCAAGAAACGGAAAGCGAGGCAUAACAGCGCCAAAGGCUUGGAGAACAUGACCCUGCCGCUGGACAGAACCAUGCAGCAGGAGGAGGAGGAGGAGGAGGAGGAGGAGGAGGGCGGUGGCGGCCUUCAUACAAAACGAGAAUCUGAACUGUGUAAACCAGAGUGCGUUGAGAAAGCAGACAGGUUGCUGGAGGCCAGUGGCAGGGCAGUGAGAGCCAAGCCAGCGACAGCAAUGGCUGAGAUUCAGAGGAAGAACUCGGACGCUAAACUCCCUGCUGCUGCUGCUGCUGCUAAAAAGCUGGAGGACAGGCCGAACAAAACCAGGCCUUCCGUGGCAACUAAAGACGACUCGUGGACCUUAUUCAAGCCGCCCCCAGUCUUUCCUGUGGACAACAGCAGCGCCAAAAUUGUUCCCAAGAUAAGUUAUGCAAGCAAAGUUAAAGAGAACCUCAACAAGGCAGCUGGGGAGGCAUUCCUCUCUCACGUCCCUGGAAGACUGGCCCAAGUUCCCAUGUCCGCUAUGAAAGCCGUCGCUUCGGCCGGCUUUACCAACGGCCCGCUCUCCAGAGAUGGGCCUCUGCUUCAUUUUUUAAGCACCGCUGCUAGUACCCUAACGACCUCCUUCCCAGGGGGCGGGAGUGUAUCGUUGUCCCCCGACAGCAGCAGCACCCCUCCUUCCACUGCCACUGGCGAACAAAAGAAACCCAGCCUUUUCAUCUAUCCUUCAAAUAUGCAACCCGUGCUUCCCGGCGUGAGCCCGGGGGACCUGCCUGCCUCCGCACAGACAAAUCAACAAAACCUGGGGGACAUUUUCCAGAACCAGUGGGGGUUAUCCUUCAUCAACGAGCCGAGCUCCGUCCCCGAGGCGCGAGCCGGACGGUCUGCCGCGGGCAGCAAAGCCGGCGAGGUGACUUUUCAAGGGGAGUGCGCUGCUGCUUCGGUGUCCCAGGGUGCCCAACAUCUCCUUCCCUCAGGACCGGCGUUUCCAAAGGCUUACGAACUGGAGAAACGGACUAACCCUCAAGUAAUUAGCAGUGCUUUAAAAGCGUGCCCAGCGGCACCCGGCAGCGCGCGAGGCCCUUCCUCGUUGGAGGUGCACGGUGGAUUACAGAGGACGAUUGAGGCGGUGAACCCGGGUGCGAUAGUGUUUGCUUCUUCUAUGGACCUUGGUGCUGAAUCGCCUCAGGCUUCUCCGACGAACCCUAUGUUGGCCUUGGCCAAAGAACAGAGAUACCAGAGAGGCUCAGACAGAAGAGGCAGCUGGGGGGCAUUUGAUGUUAAAACUGCUGUUAUUUAUCACACUAAAGAAAUGGAAUUUAUUUUGAACUUGCAAAAACAAGAUCCAAAAAGAAUAAUCACUUACGAUGAAGCCCUGGACCUGCCAGACCAAUGAGGCUGAAGACUGAAGACACUUGACUGUUUUUUUUUUUUUUUUUGGUUUUUUUUUAUUGUACCUUAUUGCAGCAGUACAGCUGUGUUGGGAAGUUACUCCUUCAGCUGUGCAGUGGAACCUAGAAGAGGAAUCUCACGACAGAUACUAAAAACUACAACGUGUCAUUUAAAAAAUAAGACACACACACACACACAAAGCAUUUAAAAACAAAAGGACAAGCACACCGGCUUGAGCUCGCUUCAGACGGUUUAAGGAGUCAUGCACGAAAUGCUUUAACUUUUAAAUACGUGAGCUCUGGUUCCAGUGCAAGGGCUUGUGGUGGAAGCAGAUGGUCUGUUACUUGUGGUUCUGAAAGUACUUGCUGGGGCAGCAGUGCUCCUCCCGGGGAGCUGAUCCAACUUCACAAGAGGAGGGUCUGGGUGGUUCGUGGAGAGACGACCCGUCCGGCCGAAACGGGAUGCUCCAUCUCUCUUCUUCUCUUUUAAUUUUUUUAUUAUAUAAUUAUAUAUAUAUAUAUAUAUAUAGUUUGACCCCUAAAAAAAAAAAAGUAACAUAAUAUAAUUAAAAGGUCGGUCACGUUGAGCAAAUAGAAUGUUUUAUUUUUUUUUUUAUGUAUCUAUAAAGGCCUUGACGUUUUAUAGAUUUCAAAAUGUGAUGAUAAUGUGGCAGGAGUCUAGCCGUCCUGUCUCUCUUGCUGCGAUUGAAAACAAAAAACUAAGCCUUGGAACAGAGGAGGAGGAGGAAGAGGAAAUUGUCUUAAUUGUCAUUUUGGAUAGAAGGUCGCUCAGUAUAAUGCUAACGUUGCUGGUCAUCUUGAUUCGGUGACGUGUCAUUCCUCUGCACUGAACUCCAAUGAGAAGAGCCUCGUUCACUGUCGCAGUUACCGGAGAGGAGCGAGAAAGCAAAUGAAGUGACACAACACAUUCUGAUGCACAAUUCUGUUUGUUUUCUACGCCAUUAUCUAGAACAACAACAAAAAAAGCCCUGCUUUGCUGUAGAUGCUCUGUGUUACACUUGUGUUUAAAUUUGAAUGUGCAUCUUUUUCCCUUUUCUAGGGAAGGGAAGGAAACUACAUAAAAAAAAAAGUGGGGCCCUUACCAACUUAUCACUAGUUUAAAUAUUUUCAAGCAGUCUUAGUCAUGAUAACCAGAGUUUACUAUAAAGCAUAUUCUAGUGGUCAGUGAGCGGUCAGCAAAGCUACGUUUCGAAACAAACUUGAAUUUACUGCACCACCUUAACCUGCUGCCUCCUCCUUUGUGAUGCAGCGUGUUUUUAGCAGCUUGCCGUCAGUAACAAAACAAAAAAAAACUGAGCUUUACAAAAAGACACAUUUUAGUGGCAAUAGAUAGAAAGAAAUAGGGUAUUGAGCAAUUAAUAAAAACUAAACCUCACUAGCUUGAAUACUAUAAAAAGGUUACAGGGAGGGUUCAAGUUUAUGAAGAGCUGUUAUUACUUGAAAACAUUAUUUACAGCCCCCCCCCCUUUGUCUCUCCCUUUCGGUUUUAUUUCUCCAUUCUUCUUUCUUUUGUUGGGAAUGUUCUGUGGGAGAAGAUAAUUAUUAGUAGUGGCAAUAGUGUUUUUUUUUUUUUUAAUAGUUUGUUUCUAGAGAUUAAAAAAAAAAAAAAAAUCAAUUAGCACUUUAUUCUAAUGAGAAAAAUAUAAUAAAUAUAUAUAUAUAUGUAAACGUUAUGUAUUAGUUGCAAAUUGGUCUAAAAUACUGACCCCUGCUGGCAAUGGCUGUGAGCUGUUGAUAAUUGGGAGGAUUUGAAUAAGUCACUCAGGUAGAAUUAGGAAAGCCAUCUCUCCAACGAAGAGACCAGUAUGAAGUUUUCUUGCCAAAAAAUGUUUGACUCCCAGUCUGCUGAUUUUUAACACCACGUUUACUUGCCCUAAUAAUAAUAAUAAUAAUAAUAAUAAUAAUAAUAAUAAUUUGAGCGAUUCAGCUUGUUUGAGUUCGCAUUGAGUAUUCUGUGUUUCACGCGAUUAGACAAGCUUUAGCUAGUGUUAAUCGGAGGCUCUCUUUUUAAAAUUUAUUAAAAAUAAAUAAAUAAAAGAAAUGAAGUUGCGUAGCACCAAAUGUAUUAACAUAUUACUAGAGGAGCAGGAAUAAAAAAAAAAGAAUAGAUGCUUAAAUAAAUAUAGAAAUCUGAACUGUUUUUAAAUGUCACUGUGAAGUACUUUGUUAACCAGAUACUCUCCCGGCCAGCAUGUUCAGGUUGUGUUUGGAUCGCUAGCCAUUUUCCCCUAUUUUUCUAGGCUGAUCUGGCAUUUAAAAAGGGUUAACCCUUCACUGCCCUGGGAUAAUGACGAAUUCUUUUGUAUUGUAUAUUCACGCCUAAUUAUUUUUGUUUCUUUUUUUCUUACUCUCGCUGUCUCGUCCUCACGCAAUUCUCCAAUGAGCACUUAUUUAAACAAAUGUGUGUGUUUCAAUUGCAGUUUGUUUAUGACUAACUAAUGUAUUUAAGAAAAACAAUGCUAAAUUGUGUUAAUUGAUAUAGGUGUAACAAAUUAAUCUUUUUUUCAAUUAAUGUAGCGUAAAACCAAAUUCAGGCACACUUUUUUAAAUUUUAUUUUUUGAAUGGAGGUGCAUUUAAACAACAAAACAAAUGGAAUGUUUGAUGUGUGAACUCUGUAUGAUCGCCUGGGGCAUACGUUUCCUGGUGUUCGGAAAAUCCUGUUAUAUUUCGUGCCAUGUUUUGAUUCGCAGAGCGCUUACUGUUCAACAGCAAGUUGUUUUCCAAGUGUAAUCUUUCAAAACGGCACAACUAAGCAAGUUAUUUCCGUCCUGCAGUUGUCCCUGUUUUGGAACAGCGUGGCGUCCUGCAGUUGUCCCUGUUUUGGAACAGCGUGGCGUCCUGCAGUUGUCCCUGCUGUGGAACAGCGUGGCGUCCUGCAGUUGUCCCUGUUUUGGAACAGCGUGGCGUCCUGCAGUUGUCCCUGUUUUGGAACAGCGUGGCGUCCUGCAGUUGUCCCUGUUUUGGAACAGCGUGGCGUCCUGCAGUUGUCCCUGUUUUGGAACAGCGUGGCGUCCUGCAGUUGUCCUAGGAGUUACAGGAGUAGUGUUGCUGUUGUUGUUUGUCUGCAUGUAGUUGACGGGAGCGCAGCCUUCCCAUAUCCCCCCCGGGUUACCAGCCACAGAGCCUGCCUGCUCGGGGCAUUCCGUUAGUACAGCGGCUUCCAACUCCAGUCCUUGAGGUCCACUCCAGUCCUUGAGGUCCGUUCCAGUCCAGGACUUUAUCCAGCUAAGUCCUGAAUAGUCGAUUGAUUGCUUGGCCAGUUCAAUGAACCUGUUUUUAUACAAAACCUGCCCUGGAAUGGGUGUUGAGAGCCAGAGUUGGGAGCCAGUUGGCGAGGGUCUGUAGGGCUCCCUGUUGGCACAUGUCCACCUGCUAUUCACCAGCUGAUGUUGGUUUUGAAUUGACAGAUAGAGUAAUCAAGAAGUUCAAGCCAUUCCAGACUUUACUAGUGUUUAAUUAGCCACCAGUCAGUGGCUGCUAGUGUCUGAUUAGCUCAGGUGUGACUAAUUAAUUAAUUGAGAUCAUAGUUGCAGUGCAGGGAUCCUCUUUAUCUGUAACCCUGAUUAAGCUAUUGCCUGAUUUUUGUAUUUUUUAAUCAAUUUAAUUUGAUGCUUCAGCUCUUGACAUCUGGUGACUGUUGGACUGAGAAGCAGUAGGCAGGCAAGUGAUAAUAAUGUGGAGGCCUGGUCUGAAUUUUUUCUUUUGUUACGUUUGGAUAAUGUUAUCGUGAUCUUAGCAGGUAACGAUUGCCAGUUUGCGCUCCUGCGUGUGUUUUUAUUCUAUUUUAAUUGAAGCAGUUUCAUGCUGUUCUUGUAACUGUAGACCUGGGUUCAAUAGGGUUUGUUUUGGGGGGGGAAACUCCAAAAAUGCACCCUGUAGUUUCACUCUGUGUCAUUUAAAAUUGUACGUUUUUGAAUGAAAUCAUCAUCAUCAUUAUUAUUAUUAUUAUUAUUAUAUUUUUAUAUCAAGUUGUCUUCAAAAGAGACUCGAUACAAUACAGUGCAAUGCAGUUUGCUUUUCUGUAGCCCUCUUCAUGCAGAGCAUCCCAGGGCAGUGAAUCCAGCUCAAGAAUAAGCUAACUCGCAGGUAAAUGAACACUGGGUGGAACUACACCAUGCUGUUUGGGGUUGCCAUACAUGAAACCAAACAGAUGCAGGUCUGUCUUACAACCUGGAAUUGAAAAUUAUAUAUAUAUAUAUAUAUAUAUAUAUAUAUAAUGUGUGUGUUAGUAAUAUAUCCUCCUUCUUGAAUAUAAUCUAGUGAGUCGCAUUUCUUUUUAGGUUAAAAUGUAUUAUUAUUAUUUCAGCUAACUGGUUGGUAACUGGUAAUUGUGUAACCUGAAUGCUGAUGUGUCUGAAUAAUUUGACUUGACUGAGAUCCAAUGCACAGCAUACUUAUUUUUUAUUUUUUAUUUUUUUUGGUGCACAAUCUGUUUAACGAAUGGGAGGAGAGAAAACAAACUGACCUUCUAUUCUGCGAGACCGCAUUCUUGCUACUUGCUGCUGCUCGUCUUGCGCUCCACGUAGUCUUUUUAAACAUUGUUGUGUCAACUGGAGCAUUGCUUCUGAACCAAUAGCGCUGUCCCAGCGUUUGUAUUUGCCUGCUGUGCCGAAGUGUGUCUGCGUUCUGAACAUCACACUUUAGAACUGUUCUCUAUGAUGCUGGGCAGUGAAAUUAGUUUGGAAGCUGUAUAAAAUUAGGAUGUGUUUAAAUAAAUAAAUAAUUGCCUCUAUACUGUACGUGGAGCGCAGGAGACAGCCACGGUAGUGAGACUGUUGUAAAAGUGUUCACCUGAAUGUUUGAGGGGGAAAAAUAUUUAAGAGAUCGAGUGUGUGUUCUACCAUGCUUUUACACAUUUCACAUGUCCUUUUAAAAUUUCAAAAUAAAGCGUUCAUUAAAAUCAAAACCUAUUUAAA